UCACCCAAUCAUCAAGGUUAGCAGUGCUCUUACAUUCAUCUCCACGUUUUUGGCGUCAAUCAUGUCAUUUCAGGUACCUGCAACGGCCCUGAAUGAUUCGUUACCCUCCCCGAUGCAGGCCUCAGGAUUUGCUUCUCGGUAAAGGACGCCCGACCUUCUGUAAACAUAUCUUGACCGACUGCUUUAGAACCAUGAGCUUGGUGACGAAGCCGAACCAGCGAAGUCUUGUCCACUCUUUCAUGUCGGUAGUCGCAGUUGGCUUCGUGAACGCGGGAUUACAGUUGGCGAUAGUGUUGUCUUCCAUCCUUGAAGUUACCUGCUUUGGUGAAUAGGUGGUGAGGUGGAUGUUGGGCGACAUACGUACGUGGCGAAGAGGUGAAAGGCUAACAGAGGCCCAAGUGACAAUUGAAUGGAUGCGGUAAAUGUUUCAAGCGUCGUGCGUGACAGAUGUAUCGCGGUUGCAAAGGAUACAA